UAAACCUAAGUGCACAUUGACGUUUGAGAUCAAGUGUUUAUUAUUCACAGAGAAGUAAGAUGUCGAACGCGGCGUUGAUGAGCUGCCUCGAAGAUUGGAAUGACCUCGAGAAAGAAUAUGAACAGUUAGAGACUGACCACAAGACCUAUGUGAGGCAGCUGGAGGAGAUGACUGCCACACAGAAGAAAUGUCUAGCCAGCAUUGCUCAUCACAGGUACCGCAUGAAGCGCAUUCAGGAGUCCAUGAAGAGAGCUGGGAAAGACUUGUCAGCAGAGGAAAUGGAGUCCAUGCAGAAGGUCCAAGCAUCGGUGCUAGAGAGGAAGAAUACCUUCCGGGAGAUGGAGGAAGUACUUCCCCACAAAAACGGGUUGUAUUUGAGCAUCAUCCUCGGUCAGGUGAAUGUGUCACUGCUCAACAAGAAUGACAAAUACGAAUACAAGCAUGAAUAUGAGAGGUUCAAACUCACCGUCAGCUACGUGAUAAUGAUCCUCGCACUGGUCAUGACGUUUGUCACAGAAUACAGGUGGAUAGACGCAGUCCUCAACUUCCUGUUGGUGUGGUACUACUGUACGUUGACCAUCAGGGAGAGCAUCCUGGUUGUCAACGGAUCAAGAAUAAAAGGCUGGUGGCUCACUCAUCAUUUUGUGUCAACUGUCUGUGCAGGAAUAAGUUUAAUUUGGCCGACAGGAUGGACAUAUCAACAGUUUAGACGACAGUAUAUAUUUUUCACCUUGUAUAUAAGUUUUGUAUAUGUGAUGCAGUAUUACUACCAGAGUGGGAGUUUGUACCGUAUGCGUUCACUGGGACAGAGGCACGACAUGGACAUCACUGUCGAGGGUUUCAUGUCCUGGAUGUGGAAGGGCAUGACGUUCCUUCUUCCCUUCCUUUUUGGUGGCUAUAUCUUCCAGCUGUACAAUUCUGUUGUCUUGUUUAUGCUGUCAAGAGAUCCUCAGUGCAAGGAGUGGCAGGUGAUAGUCCUGUCAUGCAUCCACUUCUUCCUGUUUGCCGGCAACACAGUCACAACACUGAUGGUCAUGCGGCAGAAAGUGAAGAAAGAUGGGUUGAAUCUCACAUUCUUACAGAACAAGUACCGCUUCACAUCUCACCUAAAGAGCAACUGAACAUCCCAGACAAGGAAUCAGUGAACUGAUUGUUUCCAAUAUAUUCUGAUUGUAUGUGUGUCUCAGUUUCUGUGACUGAAACUGAUUAUAGGUUUCUUGAGGCCAUAUUGAAGUGACGAAGAGCCCAGAAGUCUGUAUGAUGGGUUGUCAUUGAAUGGUGGAUUAUUUCUCAUACGGUAUUAUAGACCAUGUUAUAGAAUAUAUAUCCUUGUCGUUGUGAUUGGAUACAUGUGCUUACCAGUGUCGUGGG